UAAGGCUAAUCUAUACCACUACAGCCAUGCAGAGGAAAAAUGUAAGAGCCUCAGGACCUGAAAAGUACACAGAGGCAUUUAUUAAAAAACAGAUUGAAGAGUUCAACCUAGGAAAGAGACAUUUAGCCAACAUGAUGGGAGAAGAUCCAGAAACUUUUACCCAAGAGGAUAUUGAUAGAGCUAUUGCUUAUCUCUUUCCUUCUGGCUUAUUUGACGAACAAGCCAGGCCCAUGAUGAAGCAUCCUUCUGAAAUCUUUCCAGAGCAGAGGAAAAUCCAGUGGGGAGAAGAUGGCCGACCAUUUCACUUUCUUUUUUAUACUGGCAAGCAGUCAUAUUACUCAUUAAUGCAUGAAACAUAUGAAAAAUUGCUAAAUGUUCAGAAAUAUCAAGACGAACUGACAGCUCAAGAUCUUCCUCCUCAGAAGGAAAAGAGAAACCUGGCUGGCACCAGAUGGCUGACUAAGAUUGAAUUGGAAGAAAUGUUGUUAGAAAAACUGUCAGAAGAUGAUUAUUCGAGAUUUAUUCAGCUUUUACAAAAAUUGGUGACAUUGCCAUGUGGUGACAUCGAGGAGAAGUAUAUACAAAAGUUUUCCAAAGAAGUUCCGCAACAGUUGAAAAAGGUAGUUAUUGAGCCUUUGAAGUAUGAUGAGCGAGGAGUGGCCUUCAGCACCAGUGAAGGUACAAGAAAAACCGCAAGAGCUACUGUAGCAGUUUAUGACAAUGGGACUGGAAAAAUUACAGUGAAUGGAAUAGACAUUUUACAUUACUUCCCAGUGCUGCAGGACAGAGAACAGUUGUUGUUCCCUUUCCAGUUUCUUGACAGAAUUGGAAAACACGAUAUGGUUUGCACAGUCUCUGGUGGAGGAAGAUCUGCACAGGCUGGUGCAAUACGUUUAGCCUCUGCAAAAGCCUUGAGGAGUUUCGUGACAGAAAAGGAGGUGGAAUUCAUGAGGCAAGCUGGACUACUAACACUUGACCCACGUGUGAAGGAACGAAACAAGCCUGGUCAAGAGGGACCCAGACGGAAAUUCACCUGGAAAAAGCGAUAAGUUUGAGUAUUCAAAGAAUGACGGAAUGCUACCAGAGUUUCAAAACGCCAGAAUUAUGAUUUUAAACUAUUGUAUAAAUAUAUUCAGUAAUAAAGAUUUUUUUUUUCCAUUAUAA